GGCAUGUUUUCAAGCCGUGUUUGAGGAAAUGUGGUGAAUGUAAACUUGCUCUGUUUGGGGGGGAAAUUCUGCUGAGGCUCGCAUUAGCCCUUUUGGCCACAGCCUUGUGUGGGGAAUCUAUGCCAAGCUGAUUGCCUCCCAGGACCCCCGGUCUCAUAUUCAGUCUCUGCUUUGGAGGAUAGAGUCCUCUCUCUCCCUCUCAUCCUGAUUUUAGAUAAUGGGCUGUGUGCAAUGUAAGGAUAAAGAAGCAACAAAACUGACUGACGAGAGGGAUGGCAGUUUAACACAAAGCUCAGGCUACCGCUAUGGGACAGAUCCCACUCCACAGCACUAUCCUAGCUUUGGUGUGACUUCAAUCCCAAACUACAACAACUUCCAUGCCACAGGAGGCCAAGGACUGACUGUGUUUGGUGGAGUCAAUUCCUCCUCUCAUACAGGGACGCUGCGUACAAGAGGAGGAACAGGCGUAACUCUUUUUGUGGCGCUUUAUGACUAUGAAGCAAGAACAGAAGAUGACUUGAGUUUUCACAAAGGAGAAAAAUUUCAAAUACUUAACAGCUCGGAAGGAGACUGGUGGGAGGCCCGGUCCUUGACAACAGGCGAAACUGGUUACAUUCCCAGUAAUUAUGUGGCUCCAGUCGAUUCCAUCCAAGCAGAGGAGUGGUACUUUGGCAAACUUGGCCGAAAAGAUGCUGAGAGGCAGCUGUUGUCAUUUGGAAACCCCAGAGGUACCUUCCUGAUCCGGGAGAGCGAAACUACCAAAGGUGCCUAUUCCCUGUCUAUUCGAGACUGGGAUGAUAUGAAAGGAGAUCACGUCAAACAUUAUAAGAUUCGUAAACUUGACAAUGGCGGAUAUUAUAUCACAACUCGGGCACAAUUUGAAACUCUUCAGCAGCUGGUUCAGCAUUAUUCAGAGAAAGCUGAUGGUUUGUGUUUUAACUUAACUGUGAUUGCUACGAAUAAUACCCCUCAAACUGUUGGAUUGGCUAAAGAUGCAUGGGAAGUUGCACGUGAUUCAUUAUUUCUGGAACAGAAGCUUGGUCAGGGGUGUUUCGCUGAAGUGUGGCGUGGUACGUGGAACGGAAAUACUAAAGUGGCUAUCAAGACCCUGAAGCCUGGCACUAUGUCUCCAGAAUCCUUCUUAGAGGAAGCCCAAAUCAUGAAGAAGCUAAAACAUGACAAAUUGGUCCAACUUUAUGCUGUGGUAUCUGAAGAACCUAUCUAUAUUGUCACGGAGUACAUGAGCAAAGGGAGUUUGCUAGAUUUCUUAAAAGAUGGAGAAGGAAGAGCUCUGAAGUUACCGAAUUUGGUGGACAUGGCAGCCCAGGUGGCUGCAGGAAUGGCGUACAUUGAGCGAAUGAAUUACAUACACAGAGAUCUGCGGUCUGCAAACAUUCUGGUGGGGAAUGGCCUAAUAUGCAAGAUUGCCGACUUCGGAUUGGCAAGACUGAUUGAAGACAAUGAAUAUACAGCCAGACAAGGUGCAAAGUUUCCCAUUAAAUGGACUGCGCCAGAAGCUGCAUUGUAUGGAAGGUUCACAAUAAAGUCAGAUGUGUGGUCUUUUGGGAUCCUACUGACAGAGCUGGUAACGAAAGGGAGAGUGCCAUACCCAGGCAUGAAUAACCGUGAAGUCUUGGAGCAAGUAGAACGUGGUUAUCGGAUGCCAUGUCCUCAGGACUGUCCCAUCUCCUUGCACGAGCUUAUGAUCCACUGCUGGAAAAAAGACCCAGAGGAGCGUCCAACUUUCGAAUAUUUGCAGGGUUUCCUUGAAGACUACUUCACUGCAACAGAACCCCAGUACCAGCCUGGUGACAACCUGUAAAUCCCUGGUCUCCAGACACUGUCAUGAAUUACCAGGUGUUUCUCAGCCCUGCCCCACCUGCCCUUCAGCUUACAACUCCGUGAUCGGCUUCUCCAGAGUGCAGCAUCUCCCAGCACCGCCGUGCACAGGAGGGGCUGAAGCUGGGAACUUCCGCAGCCCUUGCCUAUGACCACUUGUCCUAAUAAUCUGAAUGUCCUGGAUGAAAAGGAGAAAAACACUUGUUUUUUCUUAAUCAAAGACUCCAAAACUGCAUUGUAUUGAUGUUAUGUAAACUGCAAAACCUCUGUUCAUUGUAAAUAGUAACUCAGUGCCAAUAACUGAUCCUAGUGCUUUCCUUUUUUUAAAACGCAAAACCUAUGUGAUUUUAACUAGUCUUCUCCUGAUUCAACUAAAAGUAUUAUUUUCCAGAAGUGGCCUCUUUGUCUAAAACAUUUUUUUUCAUGUUUUAACAAAAAAAUAAAAAAAUCAGGACAGGUGUUUGGUUUUUUGCUUUUUUAUAUAUAAAAUAUAUAUAAUAUAUAUACAUACCUGUACAUACAGUAUAUGGGUGCUAUUGCAGAGGAAACUCAUUUGGAAUUGAAUGAAUCCUACUGCAGCAGUACCCAGAAAGCGAUAAUUUUACUGCAGACAUGAAAACACUGGUAGGAUUCUGAAAACCAGUGAUCUAAUUUUUGGCUUUUGCCAAGCAUGAUUUUUUUAAAUUGGAUUGCACUUUUUGUUUAUGAUUAUGUACCUGUAGAUGGUUGUAACUUUGCUCUUUCAGGAAUCAUGUGCUGUAUUUACAGUAAUGUUUCCAAUGUUUGACAAGUGUGUGAUGAUUUGUUCUUGAAACUAAAAUGAACAUAUUUAAAGCAAGAAAACUACACCAUCACCGUUUGAACUGGAAAAUUGAAACUGCAAGGACUUCUUGUAUCAAAACAUGUAUACUGAAAUGUUUCAAAAAGAUUUAUUAAACAGUGUAACCACAUUCAGAUGGUCUUAAAAUCAUAGCAUUUUAGCCAUGUCCACCUGCUAAACUGUUGGUCAUGCAACUAGGAUUUUUCUGUUUUAUGUGUAACAUUUUUCCAUUGUAAAAUAAGUGUGUUAAAUGUCCUGUACUGCUAAUGAAAUUACUUUCUCUAUGUCUGCAAGUUCUCCAGUGGAAUUACUAUGCACUUCUUUACAUUUCAUGGGGGAUGCACAGAACAAAGUAUUACCUUUUCAGUUGUCUGUACCAGCCUUGAAUUACUUACGUUUAACCAAAAAAAAAAAAAUUCCUUUCUAUUUCUAUUGAGUUUUUAAUACUGAGUUGCAAAUUUUGAAGUCUUAAUUACAUUUUGUUAUGGUUUAUUUGCAAGUUUACAUUUUAAAACUGUUUAACUUUCUUAAUUUAGUAAUUAAAAAAAAGAGCAUUUUACAUUUGGAUAGUUGUUCUUUUGUUUAAACUGUGGAGAUAAUGGUGAAGAUGAGAUAAAAACUUAUCAAGAAGGGGUGUCAUGCCAUUUGGGGCAUCAUAUUUCAUAGGAUUAUGCAGAUCAGUUACCUAUAGGACAUCAUUUUGCAAAUUAUGAAGUCAAUAUGUUUUUAAACAGCUGGAGUUCAACUGUAAGGAAGAUGGUUGAAUGCAUAGCUAGUCUCUCAUUGCUCUGUUCUACAAGUGUUUUAUUCUUUAGUAGUUCUGUUGCAUUUAACGUGAAUACUUUUACAUUUACAAGUGUUGUAGGAAAAGAUUUUCUAUGCCUUGUAUUGCUGUUAUUGCUUUAAAAUAUUGCAGCCAAGUAAGACUUCCUGACAGUUGAAACUUUUUUUUAAUUAUUUAAUACUUAGAUUGUGAAUUCAUAUUCCGAAUAUUCACACAUUUUCUAAAGAGAACCUUUUUCCAUUCCUGAAAACUAAUCCAAUAAUGAAUUGAGAUUCAGAGAACAAAUUGUCAUCAUUUUAAUAUUUUCUAUACAAAACAUUGACUGAAAAUCCUCUUGCAAAGGAGACUUCCACACUUAGCCUUUCUCGAAGUGUGAAUUUAUAUGGCAAUGUUGCUUGUUACCAGAUUUCCAUGAUAAAUUGGUUAACGUUUUACAUGUAGAGUCUAUAAGUAAUGUUAUGUACAUGAUAUAUUCUAUGUUGCUGUACCUGUAGCUGUGGAGUACUGAAGAGGCCAUAAUUCUUGUUGGACUUUUAGCUUCCUCUUAGUACUUACAAAGCAAGUGGUGGUCCUCUUUUUUCCCACAGCUACCCCCCUGCCUUAAAACGUCAUCCACUGAACUGAGGACUCUGUAGUAACUCAGCGGGCUGGCGAAGCCAAAACGUCACGUACUCAGCCCAGUGCUCGGUGGCAAAGCAUGGCCAUUCUGCCAAAUUCCUUAGCAGCCUUUGCUAUGCCACAAACUUUUAAGCGCAGUUUCCAUCUGUAAUGCGGGAUGAGCCUAAAACAUUAGUUUUGCCUAUGUUUCUCGUUGGAAGUAAGACUCAGAUGGGGCAUUGUUGGGGUUUUAUGGCCUUUAUUUCUGAUUCUUGGGUUUGCUGUUUCUUGUAUCGCAUUCGGUCUACGAGUACCAUGUUGGUCUCUGCUGCAUCUCUGCCUGCAGCUGGCUUGUGUGCAGACUGGUGCCACUGUUGAGUGGCAAAUCCAGACCAUUUCUCAUCGGUAGCUCUUCUGCUUCUUUUUCUUAAUGUUGGGAGUUUUGUUGUUUGGGUUUUUUAAUCUCUCAAAUAAAAACAUUAGCAAAAAUUU